AAAUGAUCAUUCUGUGAACCUAAAAAUAGGAGCCAAGAAAGAGCCUAGACCAUUCUCAUUCCCCUACCCAUCAUCACAAGAGAAAAAAAUGAGGAGAAUCCCAAACUUGGUGUCCUCUUUUGCACUUCACAUCAUUCUCCUUGCUUCCACUUGUAUUCCCUUCACACUCUCCCAACCGUCUGUCCCAUGGAAGGAAGGGAAUGGCGAUUUGGCAGACCAAAUAUGCAAAAAGACACCCUUUUACGACCUUUGCAGCUCCAUCCUGCACUCAAACCCUCUCAGUCCGAAACCUGAUCUCAAAGGGGUGGCACUCUUGAUGGUGAACAACAUUCUGGCAAAUGCAAGUGACACACUGAGUUACAUUGAGGGGCUGAUCAAGAGCACCUCAGACCGUGAGUUGGAGCAAGCCUUGGCCUUCUGUGCUGAGUCCUAUAUCCCUCUUGUCAAGUACAUUCUCCCUCAAGCUGCUGAUGCCAUAAGCCAAGGCCGUUUUGGCUUUGCCAGUUACUGCAUUUCUGAUGCUCUCAAAGAAAUCAAUAGCUGUAACAAGAAAUUCUCUGGCGCAUCUCAGGCACCCUUAGGGGACAGAAACGACAUUGUGCAGAAGCUCGUGGAUGUGGCUUCUGCUAUAAUCAAAUUGCUUCUUAAGGGAUGAUUUGUUCAUCAAUCUUUUCUGUUUCAUUUCUUGUAGGUAUACCAUUUAGUUUAUCUUUAAAAGCACUUUUGGUUAAAAAAAUAUGAAAAAAAAAUGAAGUAAAUUUUGCAUAAACUAAUAUAAAUUAACUAAUAUAUAAGUUAAUUUUAGCUUAUAAAAAUAUUAUUUCAUUUUUUUUUCAUAUUUUCUCAUUCUAGAAGUAUUAUCGAAGAUGAUUAUCGAGUAGUUAGUAACUUAGUUCUAGUAAUAGUAGUAGUCUAAUUCUUAUUGAAUAAACACUUAGAUGGUUGAUUUUGUAUAAUGUGUGGUUCUUCCUUGAAUGUGUACUUUGAAGCAGAUCUUUAUAAACCAUACGGUUUUUGACUACCUCUAUGUUUCUGCACUAACAAAGUGUUGUGUAAGAUGCAAAUGAAUGCAGCUUUUUUAUCUUUCAUUCAUCGAUGUAAUUGAUA